UGGCAGGUCUCUGGAAAGACAGGCCAAGGAAAGAGACAGAGAUGAAACCCAUGAAGAAAGCAGGUGGACUUCCUGGUCAUGUCGGCAGCAGCAAGUCCCCCCCAGCCACCAGGGCCAAAGCCCAGAAGCGCCGGGCAGUGGGUGAGGGGGGCAAAGAGGAGGAUGAGGAAGAGCAGCAGCAGCAGCAGCAGCAGCAGCAGCAGCAGCAGCANCAGCAGCAGGAGGAGGAAGAGACUGGCACCCUUGAGGAGGAGGAAGGGAGGGCCCCAGACGCGGAGGCUGCCCCACCCCAGCUACCCGCUGUGGGGCCUACAGAGGACCCCACUCAGCCUUUACCCCCAAAUGAAGACCCAAAGGGCGAAGGGGAGCCUGGGCGCUGGGAGCCUUCCCUAAGUCGAAAGACUGCUACAUUCAAGUCACGGGCUCCCAAAAAAAAGUAUGUGGAGGAGCAUGGCGCUGGCGGUGGCAGUGGGCCAGAGGAGCCCCCUGCCACUCCCGAGGAGGCCAGGACCUGUGCCCUGCCUGCUCUGCCUGUACAGCCUCCCACUUCUGCCCGCUCAUCCUCUACAGACACAGCCAGUGAGCACUCAGCCGACCUGGAGGAGGAGCUGCCCGACCCUGGCCCUCCAGUGCCCUGGCCCCCCGGCCCUGCGGGUGUUGGGGUCUGUGAUCUGCGCCUCCUGCGCUCCCAGAAGGUCCUAGCACGGCGGGAUGGGCUCUUCGUACCCGCCGUGGUAAAGCAGGUCCGGCGAAGCCAAGACCUUGGCGUCCAGUUCCCCGGAGACCGGGCCCUCACCUACUAUGAGGGGGCACUGGCUGGGGGUGUGGACGUGGUCCUGGAUGCCACCCCGCCCCCUGGAGCCCUCGCGGUGGGCACAGCCGUGUGCACCUGUGUGGACCCUGGCGAGACGGCUUACCGUGAGGGGGUGGUGGUGGAGGUCAGCGCCAAGCCGGCUUCUGCCUCGUACAAAGUGCGCCUCAGCCAGGGGCCCCCACCAGGGCUGCCGCUCAGCCCACCCCGCAGGGACAGGGAGGCCAUCUGGGUGGCACGCUCCAGCCUGCGCCUCCUGCGCCCACCCUGGGGCCCCGAGGAGAGAAGGAAGGGUCUGCUGGAAGCCAGCCAGGGGGAAGCGGGCGAGGAGGCACCGCAGAGAGAGAGCCCGCCCCUGCAGCCUCCCCCACAGCCUCUCCCUCAGCUGCCCCCCUGUCCCCCUGGCCUGGAGGCCAAGCAGCCAGAGGAUGCCGAGGUAUCCAAGAUCAGCUUCGGCCAGGCGGCCACAGAGGAAGAGGAAGAGAAGCGGGCGCUGGCUCCAGCCGCCCCCUCAGCCGCCCAGCCCCUGCUGCCACUGCCCCCUCCCCAGUUGCUCUCUCCACCUCCAAAGUCACCAGCUUUCACUGGGCCAGGCCGCCCCACUGAGCAGCCAUCCCCAGGCCAGGAUGGGGCUGGGGGCAGCCGCAGCAGCAGCGUGACCUCUCUGGACAGGGGGGUGGCCCCACCGGCCCGGGCCCGGACGCCCCUCACAGCUGCCCAGCAGAAGUACAAGAAGGGAGACGUGGUGUGCACGCCCAAUGGCAUCCGGAAGAAGUUCAAUGGCAAGCAGUGGCGGCGCCUGUGUUCCCGGGACGGCUGCAUGAAGGAGUCCCAGCGCCGCGGCUAUUGCUCCCGCCACCUAUCCAUGCGCACCAAGGAGAUGGAAGGGCUGGCAGAGGCCGGCGGGGGCCCAGGGACUGGGGGAGCCGGCCGCCCUGCCGCCCGUGAGGGCAGCGCCGAGUUCGACUGGGCUGACGAGACCUCGAGGGACAGCGAGGCCAGCAGCGUGGCGGCCCGAGGGGACUCUCGGCCCCGGCUGGUGGCGCCCGCCGACCUGUCCCGCUUUGAGUUUGAUGAGUGCGAGGCCGCCGUCAUGCUGGUGUCCCUGGGCAGCUCCCGCUCCGGAACGCCUUCCUUCUCGCCCGUGUCUACCCAGUCUCCUUUCUCCCCGGCCCCCUCUCCUUCCCCCUCACCCCUCUUCGGCUUCCGGCCAGCCAACUUCAGCCCCAUCAAUGCUUCACCUGUGAUCCAACGCACAGCUGUCCGAAGCCGUCACCUGAGCGCCAGCACUCCUAAGGCCGGGGUGCUGACCCCUCCAGAACUGGGCCCCCACCCGCCACCCCCUGCCCCCCGGGAACGCCAUUCCUCGGGCAUCCUGCCUACCUUCCAGACCAACUUGACCUUCACCGUGCCCAUGAGCCCCGGUCGGCGGAAGCCUGAGCUCCUGCCGCACCCGGGGGGACUUGGGGGCCCUGGCGGUGGGGGGGCCCCAGACUUUCAGAAGAGCGACAGCCUGGACUCUGGAGUAGACUCUGUCUCCCACACGCCUACACCCUCCACUCCAGCCGGCUUCCGGGCCGUCUCGCCGGCGGCACCCUUUCCCCGCUCCCGUCAGCCGUCCCCACUGCUGCUGCUGCCCCCGCCGGCCGGCCUGACUUCAGACCCCGGCCCGUCAGUGCGGCGGGUGCCAGCCGUGCAACGCGACUCUCCCGUUAUCGUCAGAAACCCCGAUGUACCGCUGCCUUCCAAGUUCCCUGGAGAGGGGUCCUCGGGCGGGGAGGCCCGGGGUAGCGGCCAGCCCGGCAGGGCUGGGCGAGAGCACCCGGGGCCACCUGGGGCCAACAGCGGGAAGCCAGGCCCACCUCCGCCACUGCCCGCCCCCGUCCCCAUCAGCAUCCCCCCAGCUGGACCGGCCACCAUGGCCCAACCGGGGCCAGCCUUUGGAUUGGCCUCCUCACCGUUCCAGCCGGUGGCCUUCCAUCCCUCGCCCGCCGCCCUGCUGCCCGUCCUCGUGCCCAGCAGCUACCCUGGGCACCCUGCCCCCAAGAAGGAGGUCAUUAUGGGCCGGCCUGGGACAGGUAAGCAGCCCCUGCAGAAGAUGGGCUGUGAAAGCAGUGGCUUUGGGGGCAAAGGAAGGGCCCAAGGGCGAGUCCGCUUCUCAGAGGAGGCCUUCGCGCAGAGGAUGCUUUGCAGGCAGAGAGUAGGGGCUGCCUUGGCUUUGGUCCCUUCCCACUCGGAGAUUCUGGGCUUUGUUCUGGAGAACCUGAGCCGGGCAGCUGCUGCUGCCUCCCCCACGCCCUGUCACUCGGCUGUGUCCUCUUUGUCUCUGGAGAUCUGGGUUCCCCCUGUGCACUUUGCCCAUUGCUUUUCUAAGAUGAUGGAAAUGUUCCGACAUUCCUCUAAGGCUGUCACAGUUCAGCAAGCAUUCCUAGAGCAGCCCGUGUGCCAGGCCCUGGGCAAAGCCUGGAAGCUGGGGGUGCCACACGAGUCGGCCUCUCCCUUCCUGGGGUGCUGCACCUGUGGCCCUCAGCUGGGAGAUCCGGCCUGGUGGGUGGUGUUCCAACUGGCCCCCGGUCUGGCGCCCACACUUCCAAGCUCCAUCCUUAGCAUCAGAGUCCCAUGGAGACAUCUGCCUUCCCCCUUCCCCUUGGCAGCCCUGGCAGGCCCAGGACUGGGCUCUUCCCUGGAGAACUGCUUCAGCCCCCCUCUGCCUGCCCCUGCCUCCAUCCCCCAACCUUCAGCGCUCUCUCAGGCUCUCACUGCCCCCUGCUGGUCCCUGGGGCGGUGGGGUGGCCUGGAAGCACCCAUGGGGGCCUCGGGGGUCCCCAUGCUGGCCCCAGAGCUCGGGAGUGCCUGCUGUGAUGCCUGUGGGGCCUCUAGGCUCAGCCCUGCAGUACCCCGAGGCGCCCCCUACAGGCAGGUGUUGGGCUUUCAUCCAGCCCCUCCUUAA